GGGCGGGGCCUGUGAGCCGGGAGCGGCGCGCUGCGGCGGAAGAUGGCUGCUGCUGAGGCUACCGACCCGCAGCUGAUGCUCGGAGUCGGGCUGAUCGAAAAGGACACAAAUGGAGAAGUUCUGUGGGUGUGGUGUUAUCCUUCCACGACAGCUACUUUAAGGAAUCUGCUGCUGCGAAAAUGCUGCCUUACAGAUGAAAACAGACUUCUCCAUCCCUUUGUCUAUGGUCAGUACAGAAGAACCUGGUUUUAUAUCACAACAGUGGAAGUGCCAGAUGCUUCCGUCUUGAAAAAGGUGACUCAUUUUUCUAUUGUUCUGACCGCCAAAGAUUUUAAUCCAGAGAAAUAUGCCGCCUUCACUAGGAUAUUGUGUAGAAUGUACCUGAAACACGGGAGCCCAGUUAAAAUGAUGGAGAGUUACAUUGCUGUUCUCACAAAGGGGAUUUGCCAAAGUGAAGAAAAUGGCUCUUUCCUUAGCAAGGACUUUGAUGCCCGAAAAGCGUACCUUGCAGGCUCCAUCAAAGACAUUGUAUCUCAGUUUGGAAUGGAAACUGUUAUCUUACACACAGCACUGAUGCUAAAGAAAAGGAUUGUCGUCUAUCACCCCAAAAUAGAAGCUGUCCAGGAGUUUACCAGGACUCUCCCUGCCCUGGUGUGGCAUCGACAGGACUGGACCAUCCUUCACUCCUAUGUACACCUGGACGCCGAUGAGCUGGAAGCCCUGCAGAUGUGUCCAGGUUACGUCGCUGGCUUUGUCGACUUGGAGGUGAGCAAUAGAUCAGACCUGUACGAUGUGUUUGUGAAUCUGGCAGAUAGUGAGAUCACCAUUGCUCCGCUCGCAAAAGAGGCCAUGACAAUGGGCAAACUGCAUAAAGAAAUCGGUCAGUUAAUUGUCCAGUCGGCAGAAGAUCCAGAGAAAUCAGACAGCCAAGUUAUACAGGAUAUUUCCCUAAAAACAAAAGAAAUCUUCACCAACUUGGCUCCAUUUUCAGAAGUUUCAGAUGAUGGAGAAAAACGAGUGCUUAAUUACGAGGCCCUAAAGCAAAGACGAUUUCCACCAGCAACAGAAAACUUCCUGUACCAUCUAGCAGCCGCGGAACAAAUGCUGAAAAUCUAAUCAUGGGACCGAAUGUGUCACUGAUGACUGGUCUCAAGCCCCAGCACCAUGACUAUCCAUUAACUAUGUAAAAUACUGGAAAUAACAAAGCAAAUGUUAUAUUUUUUAAUGAUUUAUUUGAAAGCAUUGCGAUUUGACCUGGGAAAGCACUGAAAACACCUCUGAUCUCCUCCUGUCUGAUUAAUCUCAUGCCUACUCUCAGUGUUUACAAAGCACCACAUAUAACGUUAUAAAACGGCCCAAUGUCCUAGAGUAAGAGCAGAACAGCUCUGUCAUAUCUUCGCACAAAUUACAGCGAAUCCAAAAGCCUUCAUUAGUAUCAGUUCCAGUGUGUCUCACUGUGUAGCCACAAACUAAGAAUGGUUUCUUUUCAGAAAGCUGCCUGAAAUUUGGCUUUGUAUUCUUCUAGGAAGAGCGUGAAGUCCUCAGGAGGAACUCUACUUUCUGAGCCAAACUACUAAGUUUCCUGCAGAACCAUCGAGAAAGUCAUUCAAAAGACCCUGCAGUUGCACUUUCUUGGAAAAGAAAAUUUUUUUCAUAGACUUUGAACAUUUUGCCUAUAUUGUAAGGGUUUUGCAUAGAUUUUAUACUUGAGUAGACAACUUUAAUAAUCCAUAUGUAUACUGCCGCAGCAGUGUGCAUUUGGCAAACUUAAGACAUUAGUACUUACUUAGCCCUGUUGCUAGCAAGAGUCUUUUGAAAAAGAUGCCAGUCCUUAAUGUGGUAAAUUAAGAAUCCCACUUUGAAUAUAAAUGCCAGUCUGACGGAAACAGCAGCUUUAUAUAAUUGGUGAGAGAUGUGAGAAUUAAUUUUAUUUUUUGACUUUUUAGGGCCGCACCCAGAGCAUAUGGAAGUUCCCAGGUUAGGGGUCACAUCGGAGCUGUGGCCACCGGCCUACACCACAACCACAGCCAUGCCAGAUCCCAGCCGUGUCUGCGACCUACACCACGGGCCACGGCAGUGCAGGAUCCUUAACCCACUGAGCAAGGCCAGGGAUAGAACCCGCAUUCUCAUGGAUGCUAGUCGGGUUCAUUACUGCUAAGCCACCUCAGGAACUCCAGAAUUAACUUCUUGCAAGGGCCAAAGCCAGAGAAUGUCUUCAAGCAACUUCAGUAAAGAUAUUUUAGCCACACAUGAAGGUAACUGUUCGGUUAGAUACCUUUGUCAUAAUUGGAGACCUAAAAAUUGCAAAAUAAGCACUAAGUUAUGUCCUUGUUAUUAUAUGUAUUCACAUUAACUAUGGAAGGUUAUUUUUCACACAGUUCUGUUGUCCUUAGAAAUCUUACCCAGCAAAAUGUUUGCGGAAAAACUUGUCCUUAUUGGAUCUUUCAUUUAUUCUUGGUGUUAGACAUUUGUUAAGGAAAACAUUUUUUAAACAGCGCCCCCUUCCCUGGAUGGCAGCAGAGGAGGAUUUGAAAUGAGAUGAUGUUUACUGAGGCAAACACCUGAAAAUUAAAUCUGCACUUUAUGAAAAUGAA